AGUACUACCUCAAAGCUUCGAAGUGUGCAUUCAGGGUACAGAAGGUGGAGUAUCUGGGUCACAUUGUCACACCACAGGGGGUCCAGGUGGACCAAUCGAAGAUUCAGGCUAUGGUCGAGUGGCCAACCCCGACCACUGUCUCAGAGCUGAGGGGGUUCCUGGAGUUGACUGCUUACUACCGGAAGUUUGUACAGGGGUACAACAUAUGAUCGCCCGACCCUUGACUAACUUGUUGAAGAAGGGUGGGUUUGCAUGGUCACCGGAUGAAGACAGGGCAUUUCAGCAGUUUAAGCAGGCCAUGACGACCACCCCGACCUUAGCCAUGCCGGAUUUUUCCCGGACCUCGUGAUUGAGGUCGACGCUUCGGGCCGGGGCAUUGGACGGUGCUCUCUCAGGACCGUCACCCGGUGGCCUAUAUGAGUAAGACCUUGGCCCCGUCCAAGGAGGAUUGGUCUACUUAUCAGAAGGAGAUGCAGGCGAUUAUCACGGCAGUACAGAUGUGGCGAUCGUACCUACUAGGCCAGAAGUUCCACAUCUAUACCGACCACCAGAGUCUGAGGAAUCUCUUGGAGCAACGAGUGUCCACUCCUGACCAGCACAAGUGGGUCUCGAAGCUCCUGGGGUAUGAUUAUGAGAUUCAUUAUCGGCCAGGGCCCUCCAACGUCGUUGCCGACGGGCUCUCGUGGCUCUCGGGAGGAGAAGUUCUGGCGACAGUGACGGGGCCAUUGCCCCAGUUCUGGGAUGCAUUACGGGCUCUCACAGAUACUGAUAUCUACCUGCAGGGUUGUCGGGAUACAGUAGUCAGUGAGGUUCCAGGUCAUUAUUCUUUCAGACAGGGGCUGGUAUUCUUCCGUGGAUGCAUUGUUCUUCCGCCGGGAUCUUCAAUGGUGACGACCGUGCUGCAGGAGUAUCAUGACUCUCCAUUUGGAGGGCACUCAGGGGUCGAGCGGACAUUGAGGAGGAUCCAGGCCCAGUUUUAUUGGCCCCGGAUGAGCCAGGACGUGAAGGAUUGUGUAGCGUCGUGCGAUACCUGUCAGCGGGUCAAGGCAUCUCAUCUGAGACCGGCAGGCCUCUUGCAGCCCUUGCCGGUACCAGAGCGGGUGUGGGAGGAUAUCAGUAUGGACUUCAUCAUUGGCCUCCCGCCCUUCGGAGGGAAGACGGUAUUGUUCGUCGUCGUUGAUCGACUGACAAAAUAUGCCCAUUUCAUGGCCCUAGCCCAUCCGUACACGACCCAGGCAGUAGCAGAGCAGUUUGUGUCGAGGGUCGUUCAACAUCAUGGGUUUCUGAGGUUUAUAGUCAGUGACCGGGACUCGGUUUUCUUGAGUCAUUUUUUGCAGGAGGUAUUUACUAUGGCACAGACCACCCUGCGGAUGAGCUCCGCCUAUCAGCCACAGACAGAUGGCCAGAUGGAGGUGGUUAACCGUUACUUGGAGCAGUACCUGCGCUGCUUUGCCCAUCAGCAACCGAGAUGGUGGUUGGCUCUCCUACCUUGGGCCGAGCUAUGGUAUAACUCUACCUACCAUAGGGCGAUCCAGACCACGCCAUUUGAGGCCCUGUAUGGGAGGCUACCCCCCUCCUUAGUCCGCUACCAGAGUGGUACCAGCCAGGUAGAUACGGUGGAUCGAUGGCUAGAGACUCGAGAUGAGGCCUUGGAGCAACUCAAGGCCAACCUGGCAGCCGCUAACAAUAAGAUGAAGUAGUUGGCCGAUGCAGGACGUCGAGAGGAGGAAUUUGAGGUGGGGGAUUGGGUUCUACUUAGUCUCCACCCCUACAGGCAGCCUUCUGUCUUCCGCCGUGCUUACCAUAAGUUGGCAGCUCGAUACUUUGGACCCUAUGAGGUACUGCAGAAGAUUAGCACAGUCGCAUAUUGCUUGCAGCUGCCAGCUGGUGCUCGCAUCCAUUCCACCUUCCACGUGUCCUUGCUGAAGCGCUACAGGGGGCAGCGGAUCGAGUGGAGAAAACUGCCCCUCCGGUGUCUGCAGAUGGGGAUCUAGAGCUCACCCCCUUGCAGGUCCUGGAUACCAGAUGGGUGAAGAAGGGCGGACACGUAACGGAGGAGAGUUUGAUUCUGUGGCAGCAUAUGGCGAGAGAGGAUGCCACUUGGGAGGAGACGGUCGUGAUACGACAGCGAUUUCCAACAUUUGACCUUGAGAUUCUCAUGGGGAAGGGGAUGAUAGAAACCCGCUCGGCGGGUAGGGUGGGUCGGGUUCGGCCAUGCUGGCCGGGCAGGAGUGGCGUUUUUGUUAUUUUCUCUGUUAGUUGCUGAAACUCAUAAAAGAGGAUUGAGUACGUUCAUUUGGGAUUAAGCAAGAAUAAUAUCAGAAUCCCUAAAUCUCUCUUCUCCCUAUUCUUCCCCAAUUCUCUCAAAUCCCUAACUCUUCUUCCCAAUUCUUCUCAAUCUCCAACCCUACUCUUCUCUAUCAUUAUGCAAGGAAGAAACUUGAGGAAACAAGUCCAAAGUUAGGCAUGGCAAUGGGUACAUAAAAGUGGGUUCGCCCACACAACCUCGAUGAACCCGUGAGUAAACUCACUAGUGUCGGAUACCAGUCAUGGAUGGGGAAACCCAAAAUAUGCAUGGUAGCAUAGAUGGGCCAAGUUCGAAUAUCACACUAUCUGCUCCGAUCCCAUCCGGUAUGGCAUACGAUGAUGUUCCAAUUUCUAAAAUCUGGGAUGGAUUUCACUCAAAAAUCUCUCAUUUUCUCUCGCUUCGCAUGCAACAGCUAGCAACCCAACCAAACAAACUUUCUCCUUGUAGACGUUGUGUCGCCUCCAUUGAACCUGGGGAAGAAAAGAUUAUGCACACAAUAUUUUGACCUUUUUCAUCUCCCAACUUUCUAUCGAACUCUGUUUUUCUUCUUUAUGCACAAUACUUCCUAACUCUGUACUAUGCAAUAAGAACAUCAGAGGCCGCAAAGAGAGUGUGUUGAUAGGCCCUCUGAAACAACGGUUUCAAAUAUUAGGGCGCCUCCAACUAAGCGUGUUAGUUAAUUGAUCGCAUAUUACAGGUUGUAUUUGUGUGGUGUAAGAUUAUUUGAUUAUAAGUAUGAUGAUGUAUUUAAUUAUAUUAAUAUAUAUUGAUGCUAAUUAUUAGUCAAGAUUCUCGUGUAUAUAUAGAUAUGAGGCACAUACGAUGGUUGUUAAGGUCCCGCUUGUGUGUCGAAAACAUAUUUAUGCUAAAUAAUGACACAAGAAAGACUUCAUGAAUUAGCUAUGAGUAUGACAACAAUUGAAAUAAUAUCGUAAAGAAUACAAAAAUCAAAGAGCUAAUAUAUAAUUUUAUAUUACACCAUGCUAGGAAUAUAUUACAUUUUAAAUAACGAUGCUAUAGCCAUCCUCAUUUUAUCAUAUCUAAAAUCCAACUUGAACUAUAUCUCAAUUUUGGAACAGGCAUCCACGAUUAAUUAGACGAAGAGCAUCCAAUUAGUUUGUAUUUGUAAUGACUUCUAAUUAGCACGCGCGUGGAGCUCGAUCAGCUGGAACAUUUCCACUUUCCAGCCAUAGUGGAUUAACAUUCAUAUUAUCCUAAUUAUAUGAUUAGGUCUUUUUAAUAUUGCAAAACUAUAUAUAAAGUUACCAAAUACGUGCACGUCAUUAACUGUAGUAAUUAAGAAACCUAAUAAUAAUAAGGUCAAUUAUAUUACCCGUGACAAUAAACAAUUGUAUGCACCGCCAAAAAAGUUAAAAGAUUCGC